GUUUUGUACUUUAGUGUUGGUUUAAACUUUAAAGUCUCUUUCUUUAUGGGAAAUGAGUGAUCUUGAUGUCUGAACCCAUUUGAGAGAUUGGAGAAUCCUUGCUUCUGUUUUGUUUUGGAGUAUUAUUUGCUUGUUUUUUGUUUAAAGUUUUCAUUUUUAACUUCUUUUAAGAAAGCCCAUUUACUGUUUUGUACUAGUUUUGAUAGUGGAGGUAGAAGGAAUGGUGAAAGUUCAUUUUUCUUCUCCUAGUGGUGAUGUAGGUUUUUUACCAGAAGUUUAAUUGGUUGGAUAGUAAAGAAUCAAGUGAUUUGAUGUAAUGGGCACUUUGUUUUAUUUUUUGUGGAAGUUGAGGAGAAGGCAUAAUUGGUGAAUUGUAUGUAGACAUAUGAGCUUUUGAAGACAGGAAAUCAUCUUGAGAAGCUGAACUUUCUGUAUAUAUUUUUUGGCCUUUCUAAUGCAAAUGAUUUCGUCCAUCUAUCACUUUCCAUUUGCUGCAUUUGGUUUUUCAUAGCAGGAGAUGAUUUUCCUUCUUUGUGGAAUAGGUGAGGAGUGGGCUUUGCAUAUUGCCAGGCAUGAGGCAACUUAGCCUUAGUAAAGGUCUUGUGUAUGCAUUCACGCGUUUGUUGUCUACGCCAUUUAAAACCUUGCGUGGAGCAAGUCGAACACUCAAAGUUGCCCAGUUUUGCAGUGUUUCUAAUAUGUCAUCCUCAUUGCAAAUUGAAUUGGUGCCAUGUCUUAAGGACAAUUAUGCAUAUCUCUUACAUGACGAGGAUACAGGCACAGUUGGAGUUGUCGAUCCGUCUGAAGCUACACCUGUUAUAGAUGCUUUAAGUCGGAAAAACUGGAACUUAACUUAUAUACUAAAUACUCAUCAUCAUCAUGAUCACACAGGUGGGAAUCAAGAGUUGAAAGCAAGAUAUGGUGCAAAGGUAAUUGGUUCGGGAGUCGACAAAGAUAGGAUUCCUGGCAUUGAUAUAGUUCUGAAUGAUGGGGAUAAGUGGAUGUUUGCAGGCCAUGAAGUGCAAGUAAUGGACACUCCUGGCCAUACCCGAGGCCACAUUAGUUUCUACUUUCCUGGUUCUGGGGCUAUUUUUACCGGAGACACUUUAUUUAGUUUAUCAUGUGGCAAGCUUUUUGAAGGAACACCUGAGCAGAUGCUUUCUUCCCUCAAGAAAAUCGUGUCACUGCCUGAUGAUACAAAUAUAUAUUGUGGUCACGAAUAUACAUUGAGUAACUCAAAGUUUGCACUGUCUAUAGAACCAAAUAACGAGGCACUCCAGUCCUAUGCAGCCCACAUAGCACAUCUUCGCAGCAAAAGUUUGCCAACAAUUCCAACUAAGCUAAAGGUUGAAAAGGCUUGCAAUCCUUUCCUCCGUACAUCAAGUACAGAAAUCCGGCAGACCUUGAACAUUCCAGCAACAGCAAGUGAUUCAGAAACCUUAGGCGUCAUCCGCCAAGCGAAGGACAAUUUUUAGAUCACAUACAAGAUUAUCAACUUGUUAUAGGAUAGGUGAUUCAGCUAUGUAUUAUUCUCUGCGGGUUUUGAUAUCUUGAAUUUCCUUCGGAUUCUCUAACCAAAAGAAAUAGCAAAUCCUGCUUUCUUCUAUUUGGAUAAAAUGGUUUAAUUCCGUACCAGCUCAGCUUUUAUUAGCUGUGAAAACAUUGCGAAGAAGGUAUUCAUUUCUGCUUCUGGUUCA